AUGGCCGCCGUUCUCCGACAGCCGCUUCUGCUAUCGCGAGCUCCGGCGCCCUUCUUCUUCGUCCCAUCACAGGUCAGCCUCCGGCAAGGUGCGCCGCAGCCCACACAACUGACGCAGCGGCGGUUAGCACAUGUAAAACGGAUGCGGGCGCAGGGCGAGGGCGACGUUUCUCCGGCAGUGCAUGUGGCGCGGAUGAAAGAUAGCCGGCCGUCUGCUUUGAUCUCCUUCCGCAUUCCUCAAACCUUUGUUCCUCCCCCCAUGGGCCAAUACCUGUCCCAGCCGACCGUCUUUGCCAAACUGUUCUGGUGGGGCCUCAAAUCCCGCGUCUCCGACUACUUUGCCGAGCUCUCCAUUCGCCUGCAGAGCAAGCCGAGCUUUUUCAAAGGCGCCGUCUUCAAGCCCAACAAGAAGGCCAUCGCGCCCAUGGCCAAGAACAUGCACUACCAGAUGCUCGAGGCCACGGCCGCUGGCGACACCGCGACGCUGCGCCGCCUGCUGACAACGAGCCACCUCGACGAGAUUACGGGGCUCAUCUCGCGCCGCCCACGGGGCCAGCGCUGCCAGUGGGAGCUGCUGUCGUACAAGGGCAAGCCCAAGUUGGUCAGCAACAAGAUUGUCAUGGUCCCGGGCGCCAUGCCCAUGUACAUUCGACAGGUCGUCGUGACGAUCCGCAGCCGGCAGCGGUUCACGUGGACGAUGGACGAUGUGGCGAGGGCGCAGGGCACCAUCCGCAUGCGGAAGAAGACGGCGGCGGCGGCGGCGGCGACGAACCCGCCAUCAGCACCGCGUGUCGUUGAGAAGGACGUCAAGGAGAACGUGAUUCUGGUGGCGAUGCUGGACCGGCAGACGUGGAAGACGGCUGACUGGCGCAUUUUUGGGUUCAUCCAGGAAACGACGCCUGAGUCGUGGCUGCAGGAGAACGAUCUGGUGGCGAACGCGUCCAAGGACGGCAUAACCUCGCUGGGUGGCGUGACACACCGGUAA